AUGGACUCAACCUAUACACCUCAGUCUCCCGAUUUAUCAGGUUUCUUACCACCUGAUUCCCAUACCAAUAAACAUCAACCUUCCUUUCACCCAUUCAUCGCUUCAUCGGGAACAUCAUCAUUAUCAUCAUAUGCACCUAGAUCACCGGGGAUUCCUCAAUUUGGUAAUGGUACUAUUCCUAUUCCUACAUCCACAUCGACAUCGACAUCAACAACGACGUCCAGACUUUCUCAACCAAUACAACAUCUCAAUUAUCAUUCGCAUCAAUCACAUCAAUCCAAUCAUCCCAGAUUCACUCCCAACAAUCCGGGAAAUGUAAUGAAUGAAUUUCCGAAUUAUAAUACAUUUCACACCACAAAUCAAUAUAUGCCACCAAUUCCCGCAUUACCACCGACACAUUCUUUCGGAAGUCAAGGAACAACUUUAACCACAACUGCGCCUGCUGCCACUACCACUCCUGCCACUACUGCGACAACUCCAACCACGGCUCCACAAUUUUACUACCCCUCUCAUUCGGAUUUGGUCAAUAAUAAUAACAAUUCACCCAUCAUUACAUCUUCUUCUACUCCUUCUCACUCACAACCACAACCACAAUCACAACCACAUACACAACCACAAUCACAACCACAUACACAACCACAUACACAACCACAUACACAACCACAUACACAACCACACACACAAUAUCUCGAUCAAUUUCAAAACACCGAAGCGUCAUUAUCUUCUCAAUCCCCUUACGACCAUCGCAUCCCUUCACCAUUCACGCUGGGUAAUGAUCCAGUAGAGAUAUAUCAGUACAACAAUAACCCUCAAAAACCUCUCUAUCACGAAUCAUAUACAAAUCAACUUGAUACAACCACGCGACAACCUCGUCAAUCACGCGUCAAAUCUCAACCCAUUACCACUGCUUCAUUCAAUCAAUCUCACACUCCUCAAUACCAACCCAAUAUGUCUUUCGCCAUAGCACCUCAACCCCCCGCGGCUCCUCUUACGAAUAAAAAUCCAAACCCAGAUGGAAUAGAAAUCCGCACAAAGUUUCCCGUCGCCCGCAUAAAACGGAUAAUGCAAGCCGAUGAAGAAGUAGGAAAAGUCGCGCAAGUUACUCCGGUCGCAGUAUCGAAAGCCUUGGAACUUUUCAUGAUAUCGUUAGUACAAGGCGCGGCAAAAGUGGCACGGGAGAAGGGAGGAAAAAGAGUUACGGCAGGUUGUUUGAAGAGAGUGGUGGAGGAAAAUGUUCAAUUUGAUUUUUUGAGUGAGAUUGUGGGGAGGGUUCAAGAGGUUGUGCCGGCGGCGAAGGAGGAGAAGGAUGGGGAGGGAAAAAAGAGGAAGGCGUCGGCGGCGAAAAAGGAAGAGGGGAGUGAGAGUGAAGUGGAGCCGGAAGUGGAUGCGGGUGAACCGAAGAAAAAAGGAAGGGGAAAGGGAAAGGGAGGAAGGAAGAAGAAGGUUGAGGCUGAAUCUUGA